UUGGAUUGAGUUGCAGCUGAACAAGCGAAGGAUGUCGGUUCUGCUUUCUCUUGCAGUUCCUUCAACUUCAAAGUUUCGGCAGGUUAAGCUGUUUCAAUGCCAACCCUGUCAAUUCCAUAGAUGCUCAGAAAUAUAUCUUCACAAUCAAACACUUCAUAAACGUACCUGUUCAAUUAAAGUAUCAGUGGCAGACGAUAAUGAGCCUAAUGGGGUUAAGACGCAGAUUGGAAUCAUGGGGGAGAAACUCAGAGAAGCAAUGCCAAUCUCAGUCCAAGAAUUUCCUUGGAGAAAAGCUGAGCAUAUGCUUCUAAACAGACUAGUUUUUCUUGCACAAGAGGCAGUGAAGUGGUCUCUCAUUUUAUUUUUCAUCUUUAGCUCUUUAUCGGAUGCUGUAUAUACAUUCUCUAUAAAUCGUGAACUGAUGAUUCCCGUUGGCCUCUUUGUUGGCUGCCUUAUGGCUGAUUUCUUGAAGGAGAUAUCACAAGAAUUGUUUCAUAGAUACGAGGAAAAAGAUAUGAAAUGGCAUCUUCUGGGCAUGUAUUGCCUUUUUGUGUUUGUCAAGUCUAUGUCGACAUGGUUUGUAGCACAACCACGGGUGUUUCUUUUGCAUGUUGCAAAUGGUGGAUUGAUGCAGGUUUUGUGGUAUUUGAGAUGUUUUAUGGAAGAUGCAAAGAACAAACAGGAAAAGAGUAACCCCUCUGGUUUGGAGGCUUCAUGAUAGAUGCAUGGAGAAUUUUUAAGUUUUCUGGCACAUCUUUAUGAGGAGCUGAUAUGAACUGUAUUUUCUACAAAUAUCUAGCCCAUGGGAUCUGGUAAUCUUUCUACCUGUUUUAGCAAAUCCUUUAUGAAUAUCAUCCAGCAGCAACUAACCACUUUCAAUCAUCUUGCUCAUGUGAACUGGUUAUUUUUCUCGGCUUAUUCAAGUAGAUGCAACAGACCCAAAGGAGCAAGUUAUAAGCACCAUGUAACACACAAUAGAUGAAGAGCGACUUAUUCUGUUUUGUUUGUCGGCAUUGCCAUUUAACUAUCAAGAAAGAUAAUACUUUUCUUUCUUUGUUUUUCUUCCUUAAAAUUCAUUCAAAUAAUAGCCCAUCCAAGGAAAGAAAU